AAAGACUUUCAACUUUGAAAGAGGGCUAAAACAGAGCUCUGUUUCUUCUUUAUUUCAUUUCUCACCCUUAUGUCUUUCUUUAUUUAUAUUUCUCACCCUCUUAGUUUUAAUUUUAUCUCCUAAGCCUAUAUACUUCUUGGGUUAACCCAUAUGCAGUCCUAAUAAUUGGAAAUUUCUAGAUUAGUACAAGUAUUCAUUCACUUACAUAAGAUAUAUAUAAUUCCAGCUAUAUAUAGUUUAUUUGCAAUAAUAGUAUAUAGAUUAUACAUAUUUAAAAUGGUUAUGUCGAUCCUGAUGAAAAAAAUAACAUUUGCUUACCUAUUUGUCAAUGAAUAUAAUUCUAUCAAUAUAUUUUUCCUAACCAUAAACUUAUUGUUGAUAGCAGUUCAACUUUAUGCAUUAAAGUAGAUCUUUGUCGUGAGCUAGCUGAGUGUUCAGUUCAUCUUGUAGGUAACGUAACUCUCGCUGGCUGUUUAUAAAAUUGGUGUGAGUGUGUGAUAAAAUGGCUAGCAAUGAGAUGCAGAAAUCAAGUUCAGAUAAGGAACCUAAAACGCUUCCUCCUCCUCCUCCUUCACAGGAACCUUCUUCCGCUGUGAGUGCUGGCGUGGCUACUCCAGAUUGGUCUGGUUGACAGGCGUAUUCUUCUAUGCCGCCUCAUGGUUUUGUAGCAUCAAGUCCCCAACCUCACCCUUACAUGUGGGGGGGGUUCAGCAUGUGAUGCCUCCUUAUGGAACUCCACCUCAUCCGUACGUUACAAUGUAUCCCCCGGGUGGCAUGUACGGCCAUCCUUCAGUUCCUCAGGGUCUUAUCAAUAUAGCCCCUAUGCUAUGUCGUCUCCAAAUGGAAUGGCCGAAAGCUUCUGGGGAUACGAGUGAGGGUGAUGCUACUAAACAAUCUGAAGUGAAGGAAAAGUUGCCGAUCAAAAGAUCAAGAGGAAGCUUGGGAAGUCUCAACAUGAUUACAGGAAAAAACUCUGGAGCAUCCGCUAAUGGAGCUUACUCUAAAAGUGGGGAGAGUGCUUCUGAUGGUUCAAGUGAAGGAAGUGAUGCAAACACUCAAAAUAACUCUGGAUCUGGACAACACGACGGGAAGGAUGGUUGGUUUUAUGAUCAUUUCUUUCACCUUGAAAGCUGCUUGUCUCGGCAGAGGCGGAAGCAGUCUAAUAGGGAGUCUGCUCGAAGAUCCAGGUUACGCAAACAGGCCGAAUGUGAUGAACUUGCACAACGCGCGGAGGUGUUGAAUGAAGAAAACGCAAGUCUCAGAGAAGAGAUCAACAAGCUGAGAAGCCAGUGCGAAGAGCUCACCUCUGAGAAUACCUCUCUCAAGGACCAACUUUUAUCAUUCCAUACACUUGAAGGCGUUAACAUGGACAAGGACGAGCAAGAACCACCAGACACCAAUCAAACAGGCGUCGCAGAGACAAAGGCUGAUUCCUACAAAGACUCGAAGUGAAAAAAGGGAACAUCAAAACCAAUUCCUAACACAAUGUAAAAGUAGCAGCAGCAACAACAACAACCCUCGGCGGUUUUUUGCUAACAGAUGGUUGUAGGAGUUUUAGGUAUCAGAGAGAGAGAGUAAUGUGUAAUGUGUAAGUACUAAAGUAGCUUUUGUCUGUAUCAAAUGUAAACAUGCGACUGCUUGAGCCUAACCCUUACAAGUCCGAAUCUUUAAACGAUGUCGUUUCACCUA